UGCUUAUUUGCACUUUCGUGUGGUCUGGCUUCAAAAACGAUCCCUUUUCGAAACUGCAAAAGUGUUUAGUGUCAAUAAUUUAUUGAAGUGCACUUGAGACGAUCACAGACAAUGAUAUAAAAGGGGCGUUACCAUGAGGUGCCUUGUUACCCUUAAAGUCCCGAAGAGCUGAAGACAAAGAAAAAAGGUCAGUGAAGGUGUGGGAGAAUAGCAAUCGACCAAGAUGGCACCAAGGGCUCUACUAUGCGUAGCUCUAGUAGCGUUAAUUCUUGGGAAUCCCGCGGAAGCUAGGAUAUCUUCAAAGAGACUCAUGGAAUUAUCCGAGAAGGCAUUAUAUUUAAUUUCGAUGCAGGACACUGUGCUCGCGAUCAAGGCACGGGCAAACUCCAUCCGAGCCUACAACCACAUGAAGCAGGGCGAAAAAGAGGAAGCUCAAAUGAGUAUGUACAGAGCGAUGUUUGGCCUUGCGGUAGUGAACGGCGCUGGCGGCCUUGUCGUACAAAAUCCUAUGACUAUCGCCUUUGUAAAUCAGAUGAAGAAGAGGUCUGAGUUUAAGGCCGCCAUGGCCGCGUGGAAUAAGUACAACAACGUCAUUCAAGAUGAUAUAUACAGGGGCUUGAUUACCCAAGACGAGUUCUUGACAAAGACAACGAAGCUCAAGCAACAGACGAUUGACACAUUAAAGACAGUGGUCCAAGGUCUCCCAGAGACUGAUGAAGUAGUGAAAACUUUACGCCGAGCAUCCAAGUGGGCGAAGGUCGUGAAGUAUAUAGAUUUCCUUGGGCCGUGGUUUGACGGCAUAAGUCUUGUGUUGGACAGUUGGGAUUUAUAUGACGCUAUCAAGGAAAACAACACACCCGGAAUUGUGUCCGCUAGCCUUGGAAUAGCAUCCAGUCUCGUAGGCCUCGCGACGUUGGGCGCCGUAGCACUUGGUUUUCUAACCGGUGGAGUAGCUAUCUUUGCUCUUGGCGCUCUGAGUGCUUGCCUUGGUCUGGCAGGGACCCUGGUUGAAAUAGCGUACCAAGAGCCUUGUUGUCACCUAGAAGUGAAAAUAGACCCUCUGGCUCAACUAAGAGAAGCUGGAAUGGACGAGUUGGAACAUUCCAGGAAAUACCUAGAAAGGUUCCCAGAAGUGUUUAAGCGUCACGAGUUCUACGAAAGCAACCCAGCUAAUAUGCAAGUGAGAGAGGCCGUUCAAGCGGGAGGAGAACCCCUCCGGAUGACACGUGGCUGGUACUAUGACCUUAAUCAUGAUAGAGGCACAUACAUAAAAACAGGGGGUCUCCGAGAAGAUGACUUCCAGGGGUACGUUCUGGUUAAGGAGCCCUAUAGUGGACGUGGCGCCAUGGUGGUUCUUGACACAAAACUUGUGCGGGAUUCUCGGUACAAGCUUAGGGGUGCUAACAUACAGACAUAUGCAGACAGAGAUAUAGAUGUCAAGGAUGCCGACUUCGUGUCGAUUGGAGACUUCUGGGAACUUGAAGCUGGGGAGAAAUUGAUAGUAAAAACAGGUCAUGGAAAUGAUACCAUCCACAUCAACGGUCCCAUUGGACAACCUACAAGCGACUUUGGAGAAGAUACCCUGGACGUAGAUACAGGUGCCCGGCACCCUUUUCCCGAGACCUUGAAUACUCUGUCGUUUUCAAACCUUGCGAAAGGCAGACAGUAUUUUAUUAAGGAAGGAUAUUUAUACAAACUGCAUCAUAUUAAGGGGGCAUACUACAGCGCCCGGACAGCACAAGUCGGUCUUUGGUAUAAGCCUGACAGGCCUGAUUUGCCUGUUACUCUCCACAAGUUUGGUAAAAUAAAGCCGAUCAAUUUGGUCAUCGGGAGCUCCUAUAAUGACGUUAUCGAGAUGAGCGGGGCAGCCUUCUACGUGGAACAGACAGAAGGAAUAAACAAGUACAUUAUGCAAGCAGUAACAGCAGCGUACUAUGAAUUCUACGAAAUCGUCGAUUCAUCCGAGAGCUACAGACUUUCAGGCCAACAGCCCGAGCUUGUAGUCUGCUCCUCUGAGAGGAUUACCAUAAAUAACUUUGAGUGGACCGAUGAACAGAUCCUGAAUUUCAGAGUUUCUUCCUACUUCAAGACAGUAAUGCGAUCUAUCCGCUUCCAGUUUCUCACAGAACCAAAAGUGUCCAUUUACUAUUCGCGUGAUUUCGACAGCUGUGUCGACAAUCUUAAAAGCGCUCCUGAAAAGACCUUCGACUUGACUCUGGCCAAGCAGGUCGAUAUUUCAAAUAACGUCGACACAGUAGCCUUUAAUUUCAAAAACGUGGGAUAUGGAAGUUGGCACGAUGAUACGAUGCGCUUCCUCAAACCUGAUGCAUCCAGCGCAGGUCAAAAUGGUCUGUUGGUGAAUUUGCACGCUGGAAAUGACACAGUGAUUCUGACAAACGAUCUUAUGAGAACCAUCAUAGAUUCAGGAGCUGCGAUGGAACUGAAGGAAGAAGGCGGUAAAGACUGGAUGCAAAUCAGACAGGGCAACUCCAUUCCGGAUGGGUAUUAUUAUUUUAACUACAUUGUCGAGUUAGUAGACGUGGAGAUGAUCAUGAACGAGGAGAAAAGGGUACUAGUCGAUUUGAGAAAACCUGUUGAAGGCACCAUUGACUUGAAGGCGAGAUAUGAGAUGGCGAUGCCAUAAAUGGUUGGACCUUCUGAUCUCUAGCGGGCUAAUAUCAUCUGUUGAAGAAAUGAACACGUAUCAGGUUUUAUAACCCCAAAACGUAGGCAUUUCGACUGUAACCAAUAAGACUUAUAGCAACAAUAGAAAUAAAGUGCCCACUUAACAAAACUA